AUGCUGCACAAGCAGAUUGUGAUCCAGUCUCUGAAUUUACUCAGUGGCAGUCGAAGAGGGAGCGAAACACUAUGGAAAACGCACAUCUAUGAGGGAAUCCGCUUCCGGUUCGGGCUUCGAGCGGUGUCCGAAGUCGAUAAACAAAACUUGCGCCGGAAUCUCCUACCUAUUCUCGAGUACAUCGUCAGACGGGUGGCCGAUAUGAUGGCGAUUCCGAUCAGUUCUCUGUGUUUAGAGCGUGUGGCACAGCUUCCAGACUGCUACACGUUCGUUCUGGACGAUAUUCUUCCAUCCGGGGAUCACUAUCGAGUAAAGCACAACGUAUCGAUGCUAUAUUUCUCCAUGGCGUCUCUACUACUGCUGCAAGCGACAGUGAAGCAAGCAACAUCGUACAAGCAGCUCGUUGUAGCCGACAAGCCAAAUGGAUACUGGCCAUUGUGUGAUCGAAGAGGGACGUUUGAACCGACGAAUCUGGGAUCCUACGGGGCUCAAUUCCGAGGGAAAUACCUCCCUGGCUGCACUCUUGAAGGGGAGGGACCGAUAUUAAACACCGACAUGAACCGCUCGUUGGUGCUGCGAAAGGCCUCGCGUGGUUGCGUUCAAUUUCCUUAUGACAAACGGUUCUACCCAUCGGAUGUGGAUUCUCACGUGACGUUAGAGACUUGGUGUCGAUGCGACGGCCACGAAAGUACAAGACGCGUGGUGUUAACUAUGGGUCGCUUUUGCAUCAGUGCACUGAAGGCAAACGUUUGGGCGUUUAGUAUCAACGUAAAGAGUAUCGACAUCUUGGCGUUUGGCUCUCAAGUGGUGCUAGGCAAGUGGACGCACUUGGUGGGGACGUAUGACGGCACUAUCCUAAGGUUUUACGUGGACGGCUUGCUCCAAAACGAAGUGGAAGUGGAGAGCGUGGUGGACAUGGAAAUCCAGAAGAGAGAAGCUGUCAUGGCGAAGACUCGUGAGGAUAUCGCUGACUUGGAGGACGAAGCCAAAGGUACGUGCUUCAAGGAGAUUGACAGAGAGACCAAGCUUUUCUUCGCCACAAAGGAAGGCCGGCGACAGGUCAAGGCCAUAAGCACAAAACUGCUGGAUGAACACGAGUUUCGCGCCCCAGUGAAGAAAGACGCUUCGAAAGCGUCACGUUCAGACUUUGAACCUUUAGCGAAGAAGCAAAUUCUCCGCGAGAAGUUCGACGCCAAGUGGUUAAUUGUUGCAGCAGAGUUUAAGGAAAUGCGGGAGCGUGUGAACCUGAAGAUUCAGCGAGAGCUGGACGAACAGUCCAACCAAGAAGCUCGUCAGCUGCGUAUCGGGUGUCUGUCUUCCGUUCGGCGGAGAGAUGGAAAAUAUUUUUUCCACGGGAAUAUCGCCCACGUGGCGUACUACAACGGGAAAGUGUUCAGUCGCGAUCAAGUAAACGCGCACUAUGUGAUGGGGACUCGCGACCGAGCGCAUGAAUCCGAUCACCUGUUCGCUUUGGCCUCCAGUCGAUUCUCCAGAGCGCUCGAGUACGCACCGGACGGCAAGAAGAUGCUGGAAAAGUUUGCCGAAAACAUUUGCGCGUCUCUAAAGUACGACUUGGACCACCAACACGCGCGUGAAAUCUACAAGAAGAAGGUUCGCUGUGGAUUGAAGCCGUUCAUCGCAACGGAGAACGUCCACGGCAUCGCUGAAGUGUUGAAGAAUAUCCCACGCGAUCCCAUAUUCAGCGACUUGUUCUUGCUCUGCUACCACAGUUUGCUCAAAAUUCAACCUUCAUAUUUCCAAGCCACCGAGUCGGAAAACUGCCGGUUAGCACUGCAAGAGCUCGGUCGAAUGCCAUUUGCCUUCUUUUUGGGCUCGCGGUCGGCUAACUCGCUGGUAAAUAUCAUGAGUUGUUUCUGCGAGAGGAUCACGGAUCGGUGUUUCCUCACUAUCGGCAAAUCUUGUCCCGGCUUGGCGGCGUUAGAGGUGGAGCUCUGUGUCCAGCUCACCAACAGCGCCAUGAAGUACCUUGCGACGAUGUUAGUGAACCCGACCAAGCUGCGGAGACUGAAUAUCGGUGGCUGUCGACGUAUCAGCGAUGGAGGAUUGCUGGAAGUGGUGAAAGUUUGCACGGGGCUGCAAAGAGUUAAUCUUCGCCACUGCGACAGAAUGACGGACCUCUCGGUUCGAACUCUCACUCACAACUGCUUGGAGUUAGAGACGUUGAACGUGGAGGAGCUAGAGUUGCUGUCCUACAAAGUGUUUUUAUUCGAUCAGGAAGGCGACGGGCGUGGCGUUGUGGAUAAAAACCUCCUUCUCAAGAUGAAGACGCUGAAUGUUACGGGUUGCACGGGUCUGAACGACUUGGCUCUCGGUCAUUUGGGCCACCGCUCGAAGAAGCUCGAGUCACUCAACAUUUCUGCGUGCACGGAGCUCAGCGACCAGGGACUUCAAUGGCUUCUGGACGAUAUGCUAGACCACUCAGUUGGAGGAGCCCACCUUACGCACAUCGACGUGAGCUACUGCCCCAAUUUGACGGCAAAUGGCAUCCACAAAGUUGUGCUUCGCUGUCCGAACAUCGUGUCACUCAAUUUAUCUGGCUGUACCCACUUGAGCGAUGCGAGUACCAUUGAGAUCGUCAACUCUUGCGAAAAGAUUGUGCGGUUAGAGUUGGCGUUUUGCCGCGAGCUGUCGGAUAGCGUGCUUCACGCUAUUGCCAAGCACUUGAGUCUGGAGGAACUGAACUUGUCGCGCUGUGUCCGCAUCACAGACGACGGGAUGCUGGAGAUCGCUGGUCAAUCGUCGGUUCUCCGUCGACUGAACGUCGCGGCGUGUAAGAAGCUGAGCGAGCGAACUCUCCUCGCAUUACUGGAGGGAUGUCGAUUACUCGAAGAAAUGGACGUCACCCAUUGCCCAUUCUUCUCGCCCGAGACCCUCGCUCGGUUCGUGAAGAGGAAAGUGAAAAUUAUCUGCCGAAAACUCGAAGAAGUGUCGAUCACCUCGGCCGUGCAGGAUUUAGAGGCGAAGCAGCAGCAGGAACGAGAAGAAGCCGAGCAGCAACAGCAGAACGAAAUGUCCUCCGAGGCGCUGCGCUAUAUGACUCCAGAACGACGUGCCAAGUACGCGAUAGCUCUUCUAGGUGCGAAACCUGGACUAAAGGCCUCUGAAGCGAAGAAACCCUCGCCGAAUAACCUACCGCCGAUAGUUAGAAGAAGCGAACAUGAAGAUUAG